ACCAAAUUGCCAUUUUUUGUUUUUUACCGCAGUGGACACUUUUACUUCGUUUUAAUGGAAGAUCAAAUGAAACAGCAACUGGCCAUGAACGGCCUCAGAUACAAACGAUCGCUGCGUCGAAUUAUAGACCAGUACUGCAAGCUGGAAUAUAAAGACGAGGCGAUAGAUGUGGACCUCAAUAACACCAGUACAGACGACCUGGUGCACUACAUGGCGCUGUCGAAAAAGCAGUUACUGGAGAUCGAAUCAAAGAGCCUGUUGGAUUCAAGAGACGACCUAUUACAGUCACACAAUUCUUCCUGGUCUUCACAGCUGGACCAAACGCAACAAGAUGGCAGAAAUGAAACUUACGUUUCUUGCUGGAUGUUCACUGAUGAUGGUGAUGGAGUGUCAAUUGUGCGUUCCCAGCAGAGCUCGCUUGACGGCAGUCAGAGGAAUUUUUUUGAGACCGACGUCCUGCCCGAGGACCAUGACGAGGUGCUGGAGAUGAGCCUUAGAAGUCAAGGCACCACUUUGUCCGAGCUCUACCCCAGCAUGAUAGAGCGAAUCGGACGGGCCAGUCACCGGUGGCACAUUUCCAAUGUGGCGGACGGUGUGCUCCAAAAGUACCGCAAGUGGCGACAGCAGUCCAACAGAGGCAACCACGUCCACAGUGCGGUCAGGAACAACAGACAAACCACGAGCAAAAAAGUGACAGGAGAAUCCAGGAUCCAAUUGUACCAGCUGCCAGCGCUCCCCUUUGAGGGAGCAGAACAUUCAGAACGCAAUGAACCAGACUUGUAUCCUGCACCUCCUAAACCUAAAAGUAAACUAAAUGAGACCUUCACUGUGGAAGAACAGCCACCCUUAUUUGGCCUCAGUCCUUCAAAGUCUUCCAUUUCCUCUUUGGGGACUUUGUCAGACCUUCCCUCAAACUCUACAAGUCUCUCUCUUUCUGCUCCCAGAAAGCAGCCAUCCGUGUUUGUCCUCAGUCCUUCACGGUCUUCUCAUCCCUCCUCUGAAGCUUCCUCGGACAUGUUGCUAAGAUCCAGAAGGCUUAUGGGAGAGCAGCCAUCCUCAUGCUUCUUCAGUCCUUCACAGUCUUCUGAUGCCUCUUCAGGAGUGUCUUUGGACGUGCCCCUAAGGUCCAGAAAGCUUUUUCUCUCUGUUUACAGAAAUAAUCAGCAGUCCUCAUGUAGCCUUAGUCCUUCACGGUCUCCUGGUCCCUCUUUAGGGGUGUCCUUGGAUCUGCCCCAAAGAUCUGGAGGGCUUUCUUUCUCUGCUACCACAGAGCAGCCACCCUCUUGGGUCCUCAGCCCUUCGCAGUCUUCCGGGUCCUCCUCAGAUCAGUCCCUGAGGUCAAAAAGGCUUUCUUGCGUUGCUGCCGGAGAGCAGCCAUCCUCGUGGGUCCUCAGUCCUUUGCAUUGUUCCGGUCCCUCCUCCGACCAGUCCCUGAGGUCCGAAAGGCUUUCUAACGCUGCUGCCGGAGAGCAGUCGUCUUCGCUGGUCUUCAGUCCUUCACGGUCUUCUGGUCCCUCUGCAGACUUGUCUCUGAGGUCUAAAAGGCUCACACUAUCUGCUGCUCAAGAGCAGAAGCAGCCAUCCUUGUGCGUCCUCAGUCCUUCGCGGUCUUUUGCUCCUUCCUCCGACCAGUCCCUGAGGUCCAAAAGGCUUUCUAGCGCUGCUGUCGAAGUGCAGUCAUCUUCGCUGGUCUUCAGUCCUUCGCGGUCUUCUGGAGACUUGUCUCUGAUGUCUAAAAGGCUCGAACUCUCUGCUGCUCAAGAGCAGAAGCAGCCAUCCUUGUGUGUCCUCAGUCCUUUGCGGUCUUUUGGUUCCUCCAAGGACCAGUCCUUGAGGUCCAAAAGACUUUCUAGUGCCGCUGCCCGAGAGCAGCCAUCCUCCUGGACCCUCAGUCCUUCGCAGUCUUCCGGUCCUACCUUAGACCUUUCCUUGAGGUCCAAAAGGCUCACUCUCUUUGCUGCUGGAGAGCAGCAGCAGCCGUCCUUGUGGGUCUGUAGUCCUUUGCGUCCAUCUGAUCCCUCCCCAGACUUGUCUCUAAGUCCCAAAAGACUUUUUUCCUCUACCAGCAAUACUUCUGAAAGCACCGCAGUUAAAGAGCGACCCGACGUUGGUUUCCCAGUAAAGCAGUGUCCCUUAAAAGAGGGGAUGGUGAACUGGGAAGGCCUCACAAGAUCACCUCAGUCCUUCCCCAGAAGCCCCAACUCUGCUCGUGUGUUAGACUACUUCAGGUCCCGGGCUUCCCCUCUCCGAAAGCUGCUUACGCCCCAGAUGGUCGACCCCAGGUCCUGCUUGCGCUCCCCUCCACAGGCCCGCAAUAAGCUCUGGCGGCACCUCUCAAUUGACUCUUCCAAGGCAUCUGGCUGCUUCACUUAUUCAGAAAAGGACCUGGAUGACGACUAUGCUAAGCAGUAUCACAAGUUUGUGUGCCAAAGCGAACUCUUCAACGGGCGCACCUGCCGGUUGUGCACCAGGAGUGCCGAUGCCUCCCGGCAUCAUUCCUCCCAAUCACUGGCGGCGCUGGCAUUGUCACCCCAUCGCUUCGAGCUGAAGAAGCGCCACCGAGAGUUGGAGUGGGAGAACCUGUCCCGCUCCAAGCGCUGGAGUCCCUACUCUCCAGGGUCCAAGCGGCACAGAAAUGAGAUGCUGAGACGCCGCCUCUGUUUGCGCGACACUGAGGCUCCUCAGGGUGGUGUCUUCGAGCAUAGCACGGUUCGAGGUUUCAACGGUCGGCCGCCGUUGGAAGAGGCCAUUGAGGCGCAUGGCUUGCCGGAGGAGUACCUACUUGGAAUUCCAGGAGAGGCAAAUAUGUCCGCAAGCUACUAAGAUAAUGGUGACUCCUGCUGCCAGGUCACUCAACGGGGAACAGGUGUCGAAAAUGUUGGUAACGUGACCCACCUCUACUGGACUGCUGUGAAGAUGUAAUUCACCUGGCUUCAAUCUGCAUUUUACAUAAAAAUAUUAUAUGCAUGUUCACUGUAUUUUCACCACAUUGUGUGUAAGUUUCUAGUGUUAGUAAUAAGUUAGUUCAAAUAAAAUGAGUGAAAUGUAAAAUGCCACUUCUGGGCUUCAUGAUGAAUUCAGUCAGUGUUUAUUUUUUUCGUGUGUAACAAAACAGCAUGUUAAUGCAACAUAUUCAGAACCACCGGGACGUUGUACACGGUCCCUCGAUUUAGUACAAAACUCAGAUAGUCUAAAAAAAAAUAAUAACAAUAAUCUUUGGUUGCUGGUUUGUGUGUGCGUGUUUUUUAUGCAUAAUAAAUGUAAGUCUGGUCAUAUAAAACGGAGCAAACUAAAAUGUUCUAAUGGUAUAUUUACAUAAGGCAAAAGAAUCCAACCACUAGAGGUCAGUAGAAGCACUCAGCUGCUGUGUAACAAGGACAAAGUUUUUAAUUGCAGGAUGGAGUGCCAAAUGUAACCAGACUCGCCCACCAGUUUACCACUCCAGUUCCACCGGGUACUUGCCGGUCAGACAUGCGGUGCAGUGUCCCACCCUCCCACCCGACUUGUAUGUGGAGUCGAUCAUUUCGCUGCCCUGCAGGGAGGAGAUUCCUUUCUGGACCGCUGUCACCAGCCCCUCUACGGUCAGGUACUGCACGCUGUUGGCACCUGAAUGCAACACAGCAACAGUCAGCGGUAGUAAAACUCAAAGCAGGCAUAUCGGCGCUUACCGAUGUAAUCGGCGAUGUCUUGGAAUUCCGGCUUGUUGGCGAUGAGUUCCUCUUUAGUGGGGAUGUUGAUGCCCAUGUAACAGGGGAACUUGAUUGGAGGAGAAGCCACUCUGAUGUGGACCUGCCAGAGAGGAGAGUGGCUCAAUCCAGCGAUACCUUCAUGGUCAAAUUUGUAAUUCCAGCUAAAAUUGUCAGGAAAAAUGUGCCUUCGAUCAGAGAUUCCAAACCACUAAGCCGUGGCAUAUUGGUGUGCUCCGAGAUAUCAGGUGUGACGUGGGAAAUUUUCCAAUCAUCUUUCUCCAUUGAAAUGUAAAUGCCAGUAAUCCGUUGCAAUUCCACAUUGUGCUACUUCUGAUGCGUGCACCUUGGCCACUAGGGGGCAGUAUAAUUCACACCAAAAAAAGUUUCACAACUGACUUGGUAAGCUUCAGUAAUAUCACUGUUAGCCUUUUUUUCUUUUUUUUUGCAGAGGAUAAAAAAUAUACAUGCCUGUGGGUAUUGCUAUGUUUCCUGUAUACCUGUACAUAUGUUGCUCCAGCUUUAGUGAUCAUAUGUGUGUUACUGACACUAUAUGUUAGCCUGUCAAUGGCAUUUUACAUUGUGUGUUAGCAUUAAGCUAGUGGCCAUUCCCUAAAGGCAGAGUUGUGUGGCUCUGUUAAAUACAAAACGUAAUUAUUUUUGUUUGGUUUAGUUUGACAGUAAACUUUAACUGGUAUUGGCAUUAAAAAAAUAAAAUAAAC